GUAGCGACUGUAGGCAGACUGAGAGCGGUCAGAGUGGCUGGCCAGCACACACCACCGGGGAAGGAGGAACACCACAUAAGUAACGCUAUGGCCUAUAUAACGUUGUGCUUCUCGGUUAUCGACAACAAUAACAACAACAACAACAACAAACGCCACCGUUCACGCCAAUGAACUUUCGUCGCGCCUUGGACCCAGAAGAAUAAAUUGUAUCAUAAGUUUCAUUCUGGAAAGUAUCCUGAACAAGUGUUGGAUUUCUCCUUCCUGCCUGCGGCCAAAUCUCGGAAUAGUUACGAUGUCCGCACUGGUAUUGUAUCGCUCUCUCUAAACGUGUAUCUUCGUUAUGCGUAUUAUUGUGAGGUGUUGGAUGCUGCGGACGAUCACAUAAUGGAUACGGGUGAACGUGUUGAGAGGAUGCGACUAGACGAGCCGACCCAGUUGUCCGAGGUGCUGUAGUGCUUCACGGGGGAAUUGGCGAGGUCCGAAGGCUUGUCGUGGAACCUCGGCUUCGUAGAGCUUGAAUGCCUCCUUUCCUGCUAUUCUUCUCCACUUCUUGGCACUUCCUGUGCUGCUCAGUGCACUUAAUGGCUAAAAAUACAGACCGUUCAACCACCAAGGACAGCUAAAUGCACUUUAAACAAUACGGUUGGAUUGAUAAUGUGAACGUUUCCCAGUGGAGGUUGUCAUUUAGCUGGAGGUGAUAUAUUGGUCCCCUCCAUUCAAAUGAAGGAAUAAGUGGAGCUUAUCUAUUGACGGUAAGGUGACUAUGUAGGCUGCAUAUUGUGUUCAAACUAUACAUUGGGGAAGUCCCCAUCCCAUUAGUUUGAAGAGAGAGGAAUUCAAUGGGGACAUUUAGCUCUUAAACCCCCUUGGCAGAAUCCUUGACAUUAAUUGUUUUUAUGGGACGAUGGCUAAUUUAGACAGACACUCAGGCUGUCAACGUUGGCCCGAGUGAAAGACGCUUGCUAUUGUCUUAUUCCAUGAACCCUCUGUAGCCUACUACUCUGGCAGGGUAUUCAAAAGCAGUCCGCUGGUCCCUGAUGAACCAACAAGAAAGUCGGGAACCGGAGUGCGGCGCCACACAGAGUGCUCUUUUGUACUUUAUCCUCGACGCCCCGGGCCACAGAGUCAGACCCCGUCAAAACAUCUGGCGGAGGGCCUCAUGGAGCCGCUGAAGAGCAUGUUCACGCUGUCCAACUGGAAGAACCUGGACCAGUCGCAGAAGGGCAACUUCUCCAACCCGGUGUGGACGGCCCUGUUCGACUACGAGGCGUCCUGCAAGGAUGAGCUCACCCUGCGCAAGGGCGACCUGGUGGAGGUGCUGUCGCUGGACUCUGAGAUCUCCGGCGACGAGGGCUGGUGGGCGGGCAAGGUCAACAACAAGGUGGGCAUCUUCCCGUCCAACUACGGCUCCUUCAAGCCCAACGGCUGCGGCUUCGGCGCUCUGCCGGCCGGCGGCGUGGUGGUGGGGGAGCUGGCGCCGGCCGUGGUGGGCGCCUUCGAGCCCAAGGCGGUGGACUUCCGGGAGCUGACGCUGAAGGAGGUGAUCGGGGUGGGGGGCUUCGGGAAGGUGUACCGGGGCAUGUGGCGCGGCGAGCUGGUGGCGGUGAAGGCCGCGCGGCAGGACCCCGACGAGGACAUCAGCGUGACGGCGCAGAACGUGUGCCAGGAGGCGCGCCUGUUCGCCAUGUUCACGCACCCCAACAUCAUCGCGCUGAAGGGCGUGUGCCUGCGCGAGCCCAACCUGUGCCUCAUCAUGGAGUACGCGUCCGGGGGCCCGCUGAGCCGCGCGCUGGCCGGGCGCCGCAUCCCGCCGCUGGUGCUGGUGAACUGGGCGGUGCAGAUCGCCCGCGGCAUGCUGUACCUGCACAACGACGCCAUCGUGCCCGUCAUCCACCGCGACCUCAAGUCCAACAACAUCCUGCUGGCCCAGCCCAUCGAGGACGAGUGCAUGGAGGGGCUGACGCUGAAGAUCACGGACUUCGGCCUGGCCAGGGAGUGGCACAAGACCACCAAGAUGAGCACCGCUGGCACCUACGCCUGGAUGGCCCCCGAGGUCAUCAAGGCCUCCACCUUCUCCAAGGGCAGCGACGUCUGGAGCUACGGCGUCCUGCUGUGGGAGCUGCUGACGGGCGAGGUGCCCUACCGGGGGAUCGACGGGCUUGCGGUGGCCUACGGCGUGGCGGUCAACAAGCUGACCCUCCCCAUCCCCUCCACCUGCCCCGAGCCCUUCGCCCAGCUCAUGUCAGAGUGCUGGGACCAGGACCCCCACCGCAGGCCCAGCUUCGGCUCCAUCCUGGCCCAGCUGCUGGCGCUGGAGCGCCAGGUGCAGGAGGACAUGCCCCAAGACUCCUUCCACUCGCUGCAGGACAACUGGAAGCUGGAGAUCCAGGACAUGUUCGACGAGCUGCGGGCCAAGGAGAAGGAGCUUCGAUGCCGCGAGGAGGAGCUGAAGCGCGCGGCGCUGGAGCAGAAGUCCCACGAGGAGUUCCUACGGCAGCGGGAGCAGCAGCUGGCCCAGUGGGAGCAGGACGUGUUCGAGCGGGAGCUCAGCCUCCUCAUCCUGCACAUGAACCAGGAGCAGGAGAAGCCCAACGUCAAGAAGAGGAAGGGCACCUUCAAGAAGCACAAGCUCAAGUCCAAGAACGGGGAGAAGAUCAGCAUGCCCCAAGACUUCAUCCAUAAGAUCACGGUGCAGGCGUCUCCAGGUCUGGAGAAAAGGCGGAACUCUCCGGACUUAGUAGGCUCCUCCCCCUCCUUCGGACCGCGCUUCAGAGCCAUCCAGCUCAGUCCAAGUGACAACAGCCGGGCGUUCGGUCUGAGCCCCUCUUGGCCCCUGGACAGCCCCUCCCUGAAGCAGGCCAACGGGGAGCUGAGGCCGGGCCCUCACUGGAGGCCCCAGAGCCCCAAGAGCCCCAAGAGCCCCAAGGUCCUGAGGCUGAGUCCCCAGGAGAGCAGUCUGUCCAUGAGGGCUAAGCUCCUGGACGUGGACAGCAACGAGAACGGUGGCGACUCCCGCAGUGACUUCGAGGAGUACCACCCCUGCACGCACACGCCCCCCCCUCUGCCUCCCCUUCCUCCCCAGAACGGCGCCUCGCUGAAGGAAGGCCUGCGGCUGCCGCUGCCUCAGGGUGACUCCCUCCGGGUGCCCGACCCCCCGUCCACGGAGGAGGGCCGGGGGCCGUCCCCGGCCGGCUCCCCCAGACCGGAGCGGGGCCCGCAGGGCGGUCUGUUCCAGAGCACCCACCGGGCGCUGCUGGGCGGAGGCACCCUGCUGGCCUCCGUCGCCCUGGGGCGCCGCCUGGACGUCCUCCCCAGGGUGCCGCCGCGGACUAACCCCCCCACCAGCCCCUCGUCGGACCCCCACCACCCGCUCCACCACCUGCACCACAACCUGCAGCGGGCGGCCUCGGAGCCUGAGCCGUCGGCGCCGCCCCCUCUGCCGUCGCCCCCGGACGCGGCGGUGGUGGACGACCUCAUCACCUUCUCCUCCUCCUCCUCCUCCUCCCUGCCCCUCCCCCGGGCGCUGUUGGACUCUGUAGCCCCGCCUCCUCCGACCACGCCGCCUCAGCCGAUGGCGCUGACGCCGCCGCCGCCCAACCCGCGGGAGAGGAGCGGGCCCCGGGCCCCUCUCCCGCCGCCGCACAGCCCCCUGGCCCCUCGGACCCCCCCACCGCCGCCGCCGGGCGGGGCCAGUCCCGGGGAGCCCACGCCGGGGGCCGGGGCCCCGUGGGGGGCCAACGGAGAGGGCGGCAGUGAGGGGCCCUCCCCCUGGGAGCACCAGCCCCCCCGUCCCCUGCCCCACCCCCACCCCGCUGCGGACCGGAGGAGGAGGGCCUCGGGCCAGGGGCUGCACCCCUCCCAGCUCGUGCUGGACCUGCCUAUGUGCCAGGACUCCCGGGACAUGGAGGACAAGCCGACGGCCACGCCCUCCCUGCUCCCCAACCCCCGCCUCUGGAGCCCCAAGACCCGCCGCCUGGAGGUCAACGUCGUCCCCCGGCCCCGCCCCUCGCCCAUGCGGCCGCGCAUCGACCCCUGGAGCUUCGUCUCGGCCGGCGGGGCCGGAGGGGCCCCCGGGGGGGGUCACGCCCCCGCCCGGCGCUCGGAGAGCCAGCCGCUGGGCUACCACCAUCCCUCGUCCACCAACCCCUUCGCCGGCUGCCACCCCUUCCCCUCCCCGGACUGCGACCCCUUCGCCCUGCGGGGGGCCCCCGACCCCCAAGACAUCGAAGGCCCCAACGGCGGCUUCGGCGGCUCCGCCUUCGACCCCUUCUCGCCGCCCUUCCCCACCACCUCGCGCUCGGCACCGUGCUCCGCCAACGGCUCGCCCACGCUGCCCACCGCCCGCCUGGCCGCCCCGUUCCACGCCACCGCCGACUCGGCUGCGCUCAUCGACCUGGGCGGCUGGGCGGCGUACGGCGGCCGGCCCCUGGACGGGGCCCGGGAGAGGGCACGGCCCCGUCGGACCAUGGGGCUCAAACCCUUCAAGUCCCCCUCCCAGCUCAGGGACGACCGCUUCUAGAGGCGGAGCCCGACCGGAACUGACAGGAACGGCCCCGGGCGCUCGCUCGCAGGGAAUCUGAAGACAAACUGACGUUUCUUUGGUCGUCGUCUUCGUUGCCCGGUAAGGGAGGAGUUCCAAGGCUCAGCAUUGGUUUGUUCAGCCCCUGGAAAAUCCUACUCUCCUCAGGCUCUCACACACACACACACACACACACACACACACACACACACACACACACACACACACACACACACACACACACACACACACACACACACACACACACACACACACACACACACACACACACAGAGAGAGAGACCUGUUUUUCUGCAGGCAUUGGUCAUUGCUUUGACAACCAGCAACUCUGGGAACCAAGUCCCAUAGUUGCUGUUUCAGUUUCUCUAUACGUCUCUCUCUCCAUUACACUCGAUAUCUCCUAUUAUAAGCCUUUUCAAACUCUACCCUUUGAGGUGCUUUGACGGUAAACAGUCCGAACACCCACACACAGAAACACACGUGCACUCGCUUGACUGGGUUUGGCCCCAGAAGACUCUGAUUUCAAGCGGGAACGAUGCACAGUUUCCUCCUGAAGCGUGAGGGAAUAUAAAAAGUGUGAGAUUAACCUGUCGUUCAGGGAAGACACUAUGAAAUGGGCUCAACGCGUUAAAGAGAAUUAGCGCUGCUGUGCUCCAAAUGUUUUGUGUGCAAGUAUGUCACUGUGUGUGUGUGUGUGUGUGUGUGUCUGUAUCUGUGUGUCAGUGAAUGUUUGUAGAUGUGUGUCUGUCUGUGCCCUGUGUUUUGUUUUGUUUUCCUUUUUCCUUAAAUCAGGGUCUGGAUUCACAAUGGGAGAAAGCAGCCCUCACAGUGAUUGUUGAGCCGGCUUUGUCCUCGGACGAAUCCCAUUUAGGCACACGCCAUUCUGUGGCACACAAAAGGCCGUUGACCUAGAGGCGAAACCUCUCUCAAACUACACAGCCACACCAUUCACGAUCGUUGCUCUCAUGCCCAAACCAGGCCUGCACCCCACCUACCGCUAAUGAGUUUCAUUUGCCCAUCUUUCAACCGUUAAAAGAGACCCCACUUAAGCCCAGCUCAAUACAUCUAUAUUUUGAAAUUUGUCUUGUUAGCGCAUUAACUGAUAUAUAAUUACUCAUUUAAAUAGGGGUGGGGGGUGGGGGUCGUCGUCGUCGUCGUCGACAACGAAGUGUCAUUUGAAAUAAUAACUAGUUUUGUUUCCGCGAGGAGCGGCAAGCGCUUCUCUGGAGGGCCAGAGCUUUUUGUGAUUAGCGCGGUAAUCCCUCUGAAGGAGCCAGCUCGCUGAUAAUGAUAAUUAGCCCCGCGAUAAGGACAAAGAGCAUUUGCCAAAGCUUUCACACGCCCGGGCUAAUUAAUAACAACCCAAAACCCGCGUCAGUUCCCGAGAUGUGUUAAAUUGCGAUUCUAUUUUUCAAGGGAAGCUUUUUUUUCGAGUCUUUUCGUGGGACAGAUCUUCAGUUGAUGGAAGCUACGCUUUAUGUCUCCCGCUCCCGGCUACUUCGAUGACUGAGGAAUAUUAGUUUUUGCCCUUGACAUUAGUGAAUCCCCAGGGAUUUGAAUAAGACAAGCCCAACCAACCAAUUUGAAUCAUAAGCCUGGAAUCUGAGAGUUCAUCCAGAUUUAAGAUCUCAUUCCUCAGGUACCUUAGUGAUGACUUUCAGUGCCAGACCACCACCAUGCUUGCCGUUGUCUUAUGCCCUUCCACUCGGCGUCUGCUCCUGUGGACCUCGUUCUAAUGGAGCUGGUGGUGUUUUGACACAGAAGGUCUUUUAGACCUCCUUCUCCGAUCUGCCUCUUCCUGCCCGUCUUCAUCGCUGAAUCCGUUAACGGUCUCCUCAAUGCAUUUCACCAAGACUCUCCCCUCACUGUUAACCGUGAUAGAUACCUCCUGCUGAUUGUAACCGCGACCCUUAACUACUGCCAAGUAACUCGGUACUAAGCUCGGAAAGUCCCGAGACGUGGAGAAGGGGAAGGAAAGAACUCCGGAGAGUGCCAUAGCGUUGCACUCCACCGACGACAGGCCACUGGAGCGGCUGUCUGUGUGCAUGAGAGCUGCCGGACAAAAAGCAACACAUCACCUGAGCUUCAAUGCCCCACGUGGAGGUUAAUGUAGCUGCCGCUUCUCGAUGGCCCUCCCAAAACUGGCAGGUGUUCAACCAAUUUCCCUUUUCUCUCCGCUUUUGUCGUUUUUAUGCCCCCUCGUGUGUUGGUCCAACGACCUUGUAAGGUCAUUGACCAUCGACGGCAGUCAUGGAUGCCGUACUCCCCGACCGAUUUUAAGGUUGCUUUUUGUCAAUUAUUUGAACCCUAUAAGUAGUAGGCCUUGCUGCUCUGGAAAACAGCUGUUUAACAUCAACACUGUUGUGAAACAAUCUUUUAUAAGGCACCUGUAGGCUGAUAUUUUUUAGGCAAUAGGCUUUUUAGGAGGGCCUAAUUCAUGUGACCUAAACUUUGCUACCUCAUCCGUGCAGUCUUUAACUGAACAUCGUUGGAGAUGGAAGAGGUUGGGAUGAAUGGAAAAGUCAGAAAAUGGUGACAGUUCUUUUGGUUCUUGUCUGACUUUUGAAUCACUUCGGUUCCACUGACAGUUGUGGAACCUUCAUUGGUCCCAGGACUGACAAGUGACCCCAACGUCCACUGCUUACCUGUAGACAUCCUUCAGCAAAAUUCCCAACAGCUAAUUUCCUGUGAAAUCACAUUGAAGGUCACAUUGGAUAAUUGCAUUUUCUGAAUUAAUAAAAUAGUACUACUUUGGAAGGCUCUUCCUCAUAUUCACAGAGGAAAAAGACAGAAAAAGGACAGAUUGCUUACCUGCCUAAACACAAGAAGAUUGGUAUAAACAGACCUAAACACACAAAAGUCCCCGAAAAACAACAGGUCAGACUUAACGGGGGAAUCGGUGAAGGCAAUCAAGUAGAACCCUGUGUUUUAAAAUGUCUGGCCCGACGGAGACAGGAAAGAGGUCGCCGUGGUUGUUUGCUAGUGGUGGCGGCCGUUGGCCUUUCCCUCCCUUCGGCUGAUGUACGCGUGUCCCACUUUAUGAGACACCUUCAAGACGACCGGGCUAAGCUGCCUGUCGGUCGUGACUCUGUCUGCAACCCCCCCCCUCUCUCUUAGUAUUCCUCCUGUGUGCCCACCGCAGCCUCCGAAACAAUCGCCCACCGCCCUCUCCUUCACGGUCGACGGGAGAAAGUUGAGAAAGAGGAAGUGUUGGUUGUCCCAUCCCCCUCCUCUCUUCCCCCCAACCCCAUCUCAUUCAAUUGGCGACGAGCCGGUCGAUUGGAAUUAAACCGCACUAAAUACAAUCACACACAGCGGACAACAUCUCAGUGGGUAUCACCCUGCCCACGUUUUUGGCCUUCUAACGUCGCCCCUGCCCGUCGAGGCCGCUCUGUCUGUCUCUGUGAUUGUCAGUCGAUUAUUAGAGCCUCGUUGGCCUCAUGCGAUAAACACUCAUCCAGCUUGGCGUUCAUAAACGAGAUCUCCGCUUUAUAUCCAUACGCUCGCUGGAAAAACACAAAUCGCGCUUUACCGACGCAAAGACAUCCGAAGAUUACGGCGUUAGGUAUUUAUUCACCAUAUGGAAAUUGCCCCCCCCCCCCCCCCCCCCCUCCGAAAACGAAAUAGCACCAAACACCAAAACAACAACAAGCCAGCACCAAGGCUAAGGCCUCCACCAGGUGCUUGUGGGCUAAUUCUUCCAUUUCUCUCUCUAAGUAUGAAUAUUAUUCCCCGUUAAUUUCACUCUGCACUCUGCCCAAGGUCACCAUCUGCCCCCUCUCCACCAUUAGAGCUUAUCACGGCCGCAAAUUGAAUGAUAUGGGCCGACUUUUGGUUUCCAAGGAAACAGUGAAGGCUCCUGAUAGGGCAGGGGGGGGGGGGGGGGGAGGGGGGCGGCAGUGUUAACAAAUAAGCACAGGGUUUUGUUUAUUGUAAUCGGCAAGGUGAACGAGUCCUUGGCCUCCGCACUUUCUAUUCUGUUCUUCGUCUCCGUCGAUGCGUGGAGAUGCGCUAUUGCAGCUGUCACCUUUAUUGACGCUCAAUUAUAUCCGGGAGCCGAACUCCCUGGAUUCACUCAAUUAACCGGGAGCUCUGCUCGCGAGUCGGACUCCGGUGCAAACCGCUGUGACGGCUGACGCAUGGUGCGGUACCGUUAGCACACAGCGGGGCUCUGUCUCUGAAUCAUACAGCCGUGAUGAGGGCUUGAGUGAGGAGAGGAGUGAGGCCUGUCUCACUGUUACCACCCAAAUACCACCCCAAACUCUCCAUACGGGCCAAAUGUAAUGCAAGUAUAUAUUCACACACGCAUACAUGCAUGCACAAAGAAUGUUCUCUGAUUCAAAUUAAAACCCCUUUAGGGCAAUACAAUAGCAGUGGGUAUUUCCAAGAACACACACUCAAGACAUAAUUCAAGCUGUAAUGUGAUUCUUAGUAUUGUGCUGGGGUGAGGUAGUCUCCUUUUAGCUGCUCAGGUGUGUGGUCAAUAUUGAUCCUGCGACACUAAUAUCCAGUUGAAAGGUGGGGCUUUUGCAGUCUGUAUCCCCUUCUCACCUCUCUGUAUGUGAGUACUGUGAAAGCAGAACAAUGUUUAUCCCUGUGGCGCCUUGGUCCCAGCCUGGUUAGGGUAGAAACACAAGAGGUGCCAUGUUUAUUUAUGAGGGAGAAAAAAAUGGCCGCCGUUGGACACACUGGAUAAAAUAUUUUAGAUAUCUUGAAAUUUGCUACUGACACAGUCUACUUUAAGAUUAUGCAUUAUGAUUGUGAAGUAGGUUUGAAGAAAACUUGUAUUGGUUGUAAAUUUCCUUUUUUUUUUUAGUCUUCACUGGAGUAUUUAUAUGCAAGAUUGGGUGCUUUCCCCACAAGGAUGGAAUAAUUUCACGUUUUGGUUACGGCUAAAUCUGUAUCAAACGGUUUUCCUUUGAAUCAUACCCAACCCUAGUGUUUUCAGUGUAGCCCAAGCUUUAAAAAGAGUUUUAAAAGAGUUAAAAAAGCCACAUUCCAACAUUCCAAUCCAGACCCUGCACCCUGCCAGUGAACCCGUUGCGGUUAGCUUUUACAUUUGAAAUGCUAAUGUGCGUGAAACCGCUAUCAAGAUAAAGACGUUGUUUUUGUCAAUGCUCGGAAAACGGUCUGCAGCGUUGAUUACAUUCCUGUCUUCAUGAGUUUUUUUUAGUUUUUGUUUUUUGGUCGCCUAAUAUUGUUUUGCCUGCCAGAUUACAGUUUGUGCGUCCUGUUCUGUGUCAUUCACAAGCUAGGCUAUGUGACGUUGUUUUGCGGACCGAAAUCGUCCCUAUAUUCCAGAUCUUUCCACGGACCCGGUCCCCUCCCAUCACCUGAGAUCGGAAGACUGGGUCUGAUUUCUUGUAGGGGCUUUAGAAGAAAAAAAAAGAAAAAAACGUGUUGAUCUCACACUGGGCUGGGCCUAAACAAUUUUUAUUUUUAUCAAUUUUAUUUUAUUUGUGUGUCAUGAGGAUCACGUUUGUCUGUGCGUAUGUGAACAUUGUAAUUUUUUCCUUUCUCUCUGACAUUAUCAUAAUGGGGGUUUAACCUGUGAAAAUAAAUGUAAAGUGCAAACAAAAAAAAGCUACAAAAAGUUAAAAAUGGAUUGAGACCAAAUAAAAUGUAACACUUGA